ACGCCGCCCCCCCCAGGUCCCGCCGCCCUCCCUCCCCCCGCCGCACCGAGCUGCCACAGCUGCUACACGGAGCGGGACUCGGACAGUCUCCCUCUCUCUCGCCCUCUUCCAGAAUUGAAACGCUUUACCUGGCGGAGAGUUCUCCGGCGAGGCGGCCCGGUGGAGCGGAGGUUCGCCCGGGCGGCGGUGCUCUUCCCCUCCGGAGAAUGUAGCCCGGCAGCAGCUCGUACAUGUCCCCGCCCGGCCGCUGCAUGGCUCUGCCCAGGGAUGCCAUGAACACCCGCCGACUGAGCGUCGUCCGCGGCUCCUCGCUUUCACAGACACGGCGGCGGUGGCGGUGACGGUGACGACGAUGAAGAUGAUGAUGAUGAGGAUGAGCGAUGGAUACCAGUUGACAGAGCCACACUAGGUAGCGUUUGACGAAGACCCGAGGAGAGCGUGAACGCCCCCCCCCCCCUCCCCCCCGUUGCAGAGCCAAGUCGGCGCCGGAGCUGCGUAAAAGGAUGGAUUUCACCCAGCUCCGGAACCUCAUCAGCAGAUACUGUGUGGGGGAGGAGAUCUGGGUGGACAGUCGGACGGUGUACAUCGGACAUAAAGAACCCCCUCCGGGAGUCGAGGCCUACAUCCCUCAGCGUUACCCUGACAACCGCAUUGUCUCCUCCAAGUACACCUCCUGGAACUUCAUUCCCAAGAACCUGUUUGAGCAGUUCCGCAGAAUCGCUAACUUCUACUUCUUGGUCAUAUUUCUGGUCCAGCUUAUCAUCGACACCCCCACCAGCCCGGUCACCAGCGGCCUGCCCCUCUUCUUUGUUAUCACUGUCACCGCCAUAAAACAGGGCUAUGAGGACUGGCUCCGACACAAGGCCGACUGCUCUAUAAAUGAGUGUCCGGUGGACGUGGUGCAGCAGGGGAAGGUGGUGAGGACGCAGAGUCACAAGCUACGGGUUGGGGACAUCGUUGUGGUGAGGGAGGACGAGACUUUCCCCUGUGACCUCAUCCUGCUCUCCUCCAGCCGCCAUGAUGGGACCUGCUAUGUCACCACAACCAGCCUGGACGGGGAGUCGAGUCACAAGACCUAUUAUGCCGUACAAGAUACCAUGGCCUUUAGAACGGAGCAGGAGGUGGAUUCGCUACAUGCCACUAUUGAAUGUGAACAGCCGCAGCCUGACCUCUACAAGUUUGUGGGACGCAUCAAUAUUUACAAGGACAAAGAAGAGCCUAUGGCAAGACCACUCGGAGCUGAGAACUUGCUCCUCAGAGGAGCCACACUGAAGAACACACAACAUAUUUAUGCUGUUGCAGUCUACACAGGCAUGGAGACGAAGAUGGCACUUAACUACCAGUCUAAGUCUCAAAAGCGCUCCGCGGUAGAAAAGUCGAUGAAUGCCUUUCUGAUCGUGUAUCUGUGCAUCUUGAUCAGCAAAGCGGUGAUCAACACUGUUCUGAAAUACGCUUGGCAGUGGUCCCCCGACCGAGACGAGCCCUGGUACAACCACAGAACUGAAAUCGAGCGCCAGCGGCACGUGGUGAUCCGAGCAUUUACAGACUUCCUUGCUUUCAUGGUCUUGUUUAACUACAUCAUCCCCGUGUCCAUGUACGUGACGGUUGAGAUGCAGAAAUUCCUCGGCUCCUAUUUCAUCACCUGGGACGAGGAGAUGUUCGAUGACGAGCUGGGAGAGGGAGCUCAGGUCAACACUUCCGACCUGAACGAAGAGCUGGGACAGGUGGAGUACGUGUUCACCGAUAAGACUGGCACUCUGACUGAGAACAACAUGGAGUUCAUUGAAUGCUGCGUCGAUGGGAACGUCUACAUCCCACACGCCAUUUGCAACGGGCAGAUCCUCAGCGCUGCUUCCAGUAUAGACAUGAUUGACUCCUCACCUGGUGGAUACAGGAGAGAACACGAGGAUCUGUUUUUCCGGGCACUGUGUCUGUGCCACACGGUCCAGGUAAAGGAGGAGGAGACGGUGGAUGGUAUCAAGAGAGGCAUCCACCAGGGCAGGCCCACUUCCUUCUACAUCUCCUCCUCACCGGAUGAGGUGGCUUUGGUGGAGGGAAUGAAGAGACUGGGUUACACCUAUCUGAGACUGAAGGACAACUACAUGGAGAUCCUCAACAAAGACGAUGAGAUUGAAAGGUUUAAGCUGCUCCAUGUGCUGAACUUCGACUCUGUCAGGAGGAGAAUGAGCGUCAUUGUCAAGUCAGGCUCAGGAGAAUACCUGCUCUUCUGUAAGGGCGCGGACUCGUCCAUUUUUCCACGGGUGGUGUCUGGGAAGGUGGAACAAGUGAAAGCGCGAGUAGAGCAGAACGCUGUUGAGGGGCUGCGGACUCUGUGCGUGGCCUAUCGAAGGCUGUCGGAGUCCGAAUACCAGGAGGCGUGUCAUCACCUGACUGAAGCCAAGCUGGCCCUGCAGAACAGGGAGCAGAGGCUGGCGCAGGCCUAUGACAUCAUCGAGAGGGACUUUGUGCUUCUGGGUGCCACAGCAGUGGAGGACAGGCUCCAGGAGAAGGCUGCAGACACCAUCGAGUCGCUGCACAAGGCUGGGAUGAAGGUGUGGGUCCUGACGGGAGACAAGAUGGAGACGGCGGCGGCUACCUGCUACGCCAGUAAACUGUUCCGUCGGAGCACGCAGAUCCUGGAGCUGACCAAGAAACGCACAGAGGAGCAGAGUCUGCAUGAUGUUCUGUUUGAGCUGAACAGGACCGUUCUCAGACAACGCUCUAUUUCAGGGUUGUCAGUCGACUGCCUCGACUUUGGUCUAAUCAUCGAUGGGGCCACUCUGUCCGCAGUGUUAAAGCCCAACCAGGAAGUGGCGGGUCACGGCAACUACAGAGAGAUAUUUCUGGAAAUCUGUCGCAACUGUAGCGCUGUGCUCUGCUGUCGAAUGGCGCCACUGCAGAAAGCACAGAUUGUGAAGCUAAUCAAAGCUUCCAAGGAGCACCCCAUAACCCUCGCCAUCGGGGAUGGAGCAAACGAUGUCAGCAUGAUCUUGGAAGCACAUGUGGGCAUUGGCAUCAUGGGUAAAGAGGGCCGACAGGCAGCGCGGAACAGCGACUACGCCAUCCCAAAGUUUAAACACCUGAAAAAGAUGCUACUCGUUCACGGCCACUACUACUACAUUCGCAUUGCUGAGCUUGUUCAGUACUUCUUCUACAAGAAUGUAUGCUUCAUCUUUCCUCAGUUCCUGUAUCAGUUCUUCUGUGGGUUCUCCCAACAGCCACUGUACGACACCGCCUAUUUGACUUUGUACAACAUCAGCUUCACCUCACUCCCAAUCCUCCUCUACAGCCUGGUUGAGCAGCAUGUCACCAUGGAGACACUCAAGAGGGAGCCCUCCUUGUACAGGGACAUAGCGAAGAACUCUCUCCUCCGCUGGCCGGUCUUCCUGUACUGGACGUGCCUGGGCGUGUUUGAUGCUGUUAUCUUCUUCUUUGGUGCUUACUUCCUGUUCGACAACACCACCUUCACCAGCAAUGGCCAGCUUAUGACCACCAACACACAGAUGAUGUUUGGGAACUGGACCUUCGGGACUCUCGUCUUCACUGUGCUUGUGUUCACCGUUACACUCAAGCUCGCCUUGGACACACAGCACUGGACCUGGAUCAAUCACUUUGUCAUCUGGGGGUCACUACUUUUCUACGUUAUUUUCUCUCUUCUCUGGGGCGGCAUAAUUUGGCCUUUCCUGAACUACCAGAGGAUGUACUACGUCUUCAUGCAGAUGUUGUCGAGUGGUCCAGCCUGGCUCAGUAUCAUCCUUCUUAUUACGGUCAGCUUGUUGCCAGAUGUCAUCAAGAAGGUUCUCUGCAGGGCCAUGUGUCCCACGGCCACCGAACGUGCACAGGAACAUGAGAGGCUUUCGCAGGGCGGCGUGGCUGAAUCGACUCCACGCUCUUCCCGUCGGUCCUUCAAAGGCAAGAGCACAGACUCCUCUCACCUCCACCUCGGUGCAGUUGAGACGCUGUCGCUCCGCAGGUCCGAUCCCCUGCCCCAGAAACUACUGGCCCACUUGGCAGAAGGUGGAGGGGCAGACUUGUGCUCCCUCAGCCCCUACAAGCUCCGCCUCUCGGGGGCAGGAUUCGCCUACUACGCUCCAGGGCCAGAGACCUCCGUGUGAACACAGACGCAAGAUCUGAAGCUGUGUUUUUGGGGGAAUCUUGUUGGCUAAAGCAUACAGCAUGUUGUACAUCCCAAGAUGUGAGACCAAGAUCUGCACUUCAAGGAUCAAGGAUUCCUAGAAUGAAAUACAAACACGGUCACGUACAUCAGAAGCAUGGACACUCCAUGAGAUCACCAUGUGCAUUUACUGUGAUACACCUGAGUGGAAAACUUUUUAGAUAUUAAUGCCCUGACUUGUCAUCCUCAUACUUUUGGCAACACGUUUUUUGGUUUCAGUGUCAUCCCCGAUCUUAGUCUCAUCAAAGUUCCUUCUCAAACUCAAACAUUAUUUCUUGCAUUAUGUAACUGUCCAGUUUCAGCAUGUCAACAGUCGGAGCCUGUUUUAUUCCUCGUCCUCAUUUGCAGUCUCUCAUUCUGCUCCAUCUACACUAUAGUUUGUGUCCUUUUUUUUUUGUUGCUUUGUUAACGUUAAUGUGGUCUGGCCAAGUAAAGGGGGAAGCCGUCAAAGCUCUGCCCUUUUUGGUGUGCGUGUGCAUGUGCGGCAGUGUAUGCAUGAAUUUUGCCUGUUAUUGUAUGUUUGUAUGUGACACCUUUGCCUUACAGGUAACCACACAGCAGCAGGCUAGGAGCCAAAGGACAAAUGUGAUGUAAAAAAAAAAUAAUAAUAAUGCUAAGCCUUACACACACACACACACACACACACACACACACACACACACACACACACACACACACACACACACACACAUACACAAACACACACCCAUCAGCUGGAGGAGAGAUAUGUGGGGGGGGGACAUCUGAAGAGGGAUGUGCAGUAUUCUCGCCGACCUGCCUUAAUUCAUCGAUACCCAUUUCAGUGGAUUUUACAUCUAGGUCAUUUUAAACAUGUUCUGUGAGAGUACAAGGAGGUUUAGAGGGCGCACAUGUCUGGUACAGUGCGCCUCUUCCUCUUUCUUCUUCCUUUUACACUCACGAUAGUGUCAUGCUGUUUCCCUCCUUAUCUGCCAGUGUAGCAUGUCUGAUCGCUGCUGCAUGCCGAUCUGUCCUUCCCUUGUCCUCCGUCGUCCCAGACAUCAUUCAUCACAAACUACUGUACUGUAUAUCAUCAUGACACUGUCUCUUUUUUCUUUUCUCCUGAACAAUGAGCACACUGUACCCUCUCCCACCACCGUGUGGCCGUGAAGGGUAACAGCAGCAGUCUUUAUUUAUGAUGCCCUAAAAAUGACCUACUAUUCCUCACUGUUGCAUUGUGCUUGCGUAUGUCUGCUGCCAUGCCGGGUGUUAUGCAGAAGUUAAUGUCAGAAUGCUAAUGUCUCAUGGUUUGAGGUUUUUUUCCCUGUGUUGCAUUAAUCCAUGAGUUUUUUUUUCUGUAUGGUUCUAAAGUUAUUGAUGACAGUCACUGUUUAUGUAUGGAUGUAACUUAAAAAAAACUUUUGAUAUACAUGUAUUCUAGAGAGAAGGGGUGUGAAUAUAGUCAGUAGGAGGGAGACUUGAAUCGGCGAUGUCACAAUCAAAUCGGUGAAAAUGUUGAACUGAUUUGUCCAUCAUGUCCUCCAGCUGAGAGAUUGAAGCUCAUCAUGGAUGAACCUCUUUUCUGCAUUUCGAACAUCUGACGUCCUCUUUGUCCAAAGCAUAUCUGUUGUGUUACACAGCGAGUGACUGAAUGUCAGAUUUUUAUACAGUUUUAUUUUUCAUACACAUCACCAUCUGCCAACAUGUACAGAUUCAGUAUUUUUGAUGAUUUAUCAGUUUGGCUGGAGGUCUGGAUUCUUCUGGCACCCAAAAGCCCACACAACCUCCACAAGUGUUCUGGACCCGCUGCGGCUCAACAUCCUGACCUCAGUUGAUUGAAAGGAAAGGCCUUGGUACUCGUUAUGCAGUGUCCCACCUUACUGUACUUUCAUGAUGUGAUGGGGAAUAUUAUUUGUAAUCGUUUUUCAGACACUUUUUUUGGCAAGUCCUCCACAGCUCAAUUUUUCAUUUUUGUGUUUUCCAUUGUGAAAAUUUUGUUUGCUACUUUUGUAUCCCAGAGAGAAGACUAUAUUUUAACUCUGUUAGAAUGUGUGUUUAAGUUUGUAACCAAAAUGAGAGCAAACCUAUAUGCUAUAUGAUUCAUUAGAGAUACCAGAGUACCAAUAGGUCUACACACUGCACUUUGUUCUAGAAGAGAUCAGUUUUCCCCUAAACACAAGGUCUAUUGUCUAUCAACUUGAGUUUAUAAGUGUCCACUCUUCCUCACUAGUUAUUUUUCUAAGAAGAUUGUAGUCUGAGAUUUUAAAAAAGAAAGAAAAAAAGUGACCAAAUAACUUGACAUGGAAUGAACUGACGGAAGGUGUCGGCCUCUGUCUGAAAAUGGGUUUCUCCACACCAGCCUUCUUCUAUACUGCUGAUCAGAAUGUCAAACUGCUUUUCUAAGUCCAUCAGCACAACAGCAGGUGCUCAUCCCGUCACUCCUGAGCUUGGCCAAGGUCUGAAACGUCGGCUUCUGUGCUCUUGAGCAGUACGCCUCAUAUCAUACCCUCAGUACAGCACUGUUUGUAUUACUAAACAGGUUUUUGAGAAAUUACUUUUUUGGGGGAAAGGGUGGGGUGGUGGGGUACAGAUUUUAAAAGUUCACUUGUUGACUUUUUGCCAGCCUGUCUGUAGCAAAUGAGGGCAAAACACUGUAUUGUCAUUCUGCCUGUAAUAAAGAAAGAGUGAAGACACUUGCCCUCUGA